AUGGAAAGCUCUCUCAGCGAGCACCUGGAGAAUGAACGAGACAGGGAGGGGAGCCACAACAGGGCUGCAUCCCCCGGUGAACACUCUGAGAUCCCUCUCUUUUUCACUUCUUCUGGAGGCACUUGUGAAGCAGGACAGACGCUGGUGGAAGUUCUCCACGCCAUAAAACAGGCCAAAGUUGCCGGCGAGGACUUGAGUGUUUUUCUCCACUUGCUCGACUCUCUUCUCCCGCCCGCGCUUCUUCAAGAAGCAGUGAACUGCAUGGAGAGAGGCGCUGUGACUGCGUACUGCUGUUCUACCUCAACCGCCGCAUUCCACCUUGUCCAUUCGACUCGCGAAAAGUCUUCAAAACGCCGCGCGACCAAUUCCAGCGGAAACGACGCUCUCCCAGGCCACAUCAUCCCGCCCUCCGGAAGCGUACUCUCCACUGAGAACGAACCUUGUCCGCCUGGAGGCUAUAUGGUUCUUCCUCGGUUCUGCUCGUGCAAGACUUUCCAGUGUGGCGUCUUGACCCAGGAAUCGGAUUUAACGUGCGUCCACGAGAUCGUUGUGCAGCUGGCGGAGGCGAUGGACUGUGUUGGUCGCCGCGUCGUGUUGGGACCAGAAGAAUUCAGCCAGCGGCUACUCGAAGCGUGUGGAGAGACCGCUCAGCUGCAGCUCCUGUAUAGCUCUCAAGAUCUGUGCUGA